AUGUCAUCAACCGUCAAAGCAGCCAACUGGAGAUUUGUUGAAGUAGGUCGUAUUGUCUUAGUUGAUAAUAAAGAUCUUGCAACUAUUGUUGAAAUUAUUGAUCAAAAAAGAGUAUUGAUUGAUGGUCCAAAAGUACCAAGACAAGCCAUUUCAUUAGCUAAAAUCACCCUUACCCCUAUUGUUUUAGAAAACUUACCAAGAGGUGCUAGAACUUCAACUGUUCAAAAAAAAUGGAGUGCUUCAGAUGUUGAUUCAAAAUGGGCUUCAUCAGCUUGGGCUAAAAAAUUAGCUGCUAAAGAAAGAAGAAGAGAAUUAAGUGAUUUUGAAAGAUUCCAAGUAAUGAUCUUAAAAAAACAAAGAAGAUAUACCACUAAAAAAGCAUUAGCUAAAGCUUAA